AUGGACCCAAUAAUGGACGUAAUAAAAAAUUCGGAAGAGCCAGAGUGGCUAGAAAAAAGAAUAAUUGGGGAACUGAGACUAUGGCAAAUCAUAUUUUUAUGUUUAGCCGGAGUCACGUCGCUUAUUGUUAUAGUUUGUUGUUGCUUUCGUUUCCGUAUACCUCGGACAAAGCAGCAGAUAGAGGCGGACUACAAGCGUCGUAAAAUAACUUCAAAAUUUCGUCAACAACUCGAAACCAUUCAAGAUUCGAAAAUGGAUACGAUCUCAUUAAAAGACGCCUUGGAACUCCUGCACGAGAAGACUCACACGAUGGAGGGAGAGAACCAAACUGGAUCACAGCAGAGCUCAAUCAUGUCACCGCAACAAAGUUCUUUAGAAGCAUCCUUCCAAGCAGAAAAUGGCCAAAAGAAUGAUCCGCAACCUUCGGGUCUAAAUUUCGUUAAAUUUGCGACCAAAGUCGCGAACUUGUCAAAGCUGGGAACAAAAUCACCUACAUCACCCACUUCAACCGAUAAUAAAAUGGAUUUUUAG